AGAAACAAAGUAUCUUUAAAAAUGUUGUUUUGGUUUAUUUUAUUGUUUUCUGAGGGAUUUUCCUGUGCCUCCUCAAGGGCAAUGAAGAAGGGGCUGCCUGCCCAGGGCCACCUGUCCACCCACUGAACCAGGGGUUCCCCUCCAGCUCCACCCAGCACCACUUCACCCUCUUUUCCAGCAUUUCUGGAUUUUUUUGUCAGCUAGGGAGAUGGAUUGUCCAAAAAUGCUUUUUUUAGUGUCCAGUUGGAGGAAACACUGAUGGACAUCACUCUGUUUCAGGAUGUCAGGGCACCCCACAACAGCCCUCAGGGAUUCUACAACGUUGAAGUACAGUUCCCUUUAGCCUAUUUUUUUUUUUUUUACUAUAGAAAUAUUUCUAAAAGGGUGUUCUUGCAAUUAAGCUACCCAGCUGCAGGGUUUUACCCUAAAACAUAAUUUAUUUUGUAUUUUUAGGGGGUUUUUGUAAUCACUGGUCACACACCACUCGAGCAGCUGCCUUUGCAGAGGAAGGCCAGCUGAUAGCAGCUCACCACAAAAACUUUCUGUGACAAGGAGAAGGCUGAGGGCGGAAAAGAAACUAAAAAUAAAUGAGAUAAUAAAAAAAUAUAUUAAAAAAAUUACAUAAACACAAAUUUAAAAUAGAAGUAUUUUUAAAUUAACUAAAAUAUUAAAAUAAUUUAAAAAUAAAACAACACAGUGCUUUUGCUACAGAGGCCUUUGGACUUUUGGGUUUAUCCUCUUAUUUUCCCUGUUUCUGGCUGCUGAUAGGUAUGGGGCAAAUUUCUGCUUCUUUCCUUGCUUUUUUUUGAGUGCCUGAGGAAAAAACCCAUCAUUUUUACCUCUAUAAAAAGGUGUUGCUUUGGGAUGUUGUGGCACUGCCUAAAACCUGAGAUUAACACACACACACAAAACAAAACAAAACAAAACAAACAAACAAAAAGAAAACAAAAACAAAAAAGCACUAAGAAAAGGGAGGGGAAAUAGUUAUUGUAGGCUGGAAAUUGGUGUUUGUUCCAUGCAAUUGCCAAAGAGUCUCAGCCUGGAGAAAACAUAGGUCUAGAUGGUGUAAAAGGAUACAUCAGGAGUGGGCUUUCAGGAGAAAAAAAAUCAAAAUAAAAUAAAGUAGCAAAAUAAAAUAAAACUCACUAGCAGCCUGCAGGAAAUCCAGAUUCUUACCUCGUCCUUGGCAGGAGCUGGGCAACCCCUGACCACAUCGGAUCUCUCUGCCCCAGGAUAAAACAGAGGCCAAAUAUUGUGUCAAAAACAGGAGAAUGAGUCACAUGGAACAAAAGGAAUUUAAAGUCACACCCAGCCCAUAUUUUGGGGAAGAAACACGAAAUGUCAUCUGCCUGUGGUCACACGGAUCCAGCUCCUGAUAUGCUUCAACCUCACAGUAAAAACCUUAUUUGAAGGCUUUUUGAAAUGAUUAUUUAUUAAUUCUGUUUUUACAGAUGUUUAGCACAACCACCAAACUCAGAGAUGUUUCUACACCUCCAGGUGUGCCACCUCUUCCUGGGUGCAGGACAUCCAUUCCCUCACCACCUUCCAUUUACAAGGGAAGGAUGUAGAAUAGACACACAUAUACGUACAAAAAAAAAGCAGAUAAAAGCCCCAGCAAAUACCAUUUCCUGGAGCCGGAUGCAGACAUGAGCAUGUAGUUCACAAGGCAAGGGGCUGUCCAAGGACAGUGUCACUUUUGGGCUACUCCUGGGACCUUCUGAGCAACCAUGGCUGGGGAAAUCGUUUAUGCUGAUUUAAGGCAUCUUGGGGAUUGUUCUUCUGCUGAGAAGAAUCGCACACCUGCCUUCUGUCCAUGGUGGCACAGGCUCCUUUUCAUAUCUGGGGGGCUGGGGCAACUCAUCCUGCUGGUCCUGGUGGUGGUGCUGAGUGUGCGGGUUUUUCAGGGCUCCCCACAGCCAGUGGUGACAAGCACUCCACAGCUAGGCAGUGGGAUCCAGGGAAGGAACCAGGUGGAGCAGUGCAAGUUUUCAUCACUGGUGCAGUAUUUCUGCAAGCCCCGAGGGGACAGCCCCACAGCCUAUGCUGGCUGCAAGCUGUGUCCCCAGGACUGGCAGCUCCAUGGGGAAAGAUGCUACUGGCUUUCUGAGGAAUUGGGAAACUGGACUCAAGGCAUGAAAAGCUGUGAAAAUCAGAACUCCCAGCUGGUGGUGCUCCAGGACAAGAAAGAAAAGGACCACAUCAAGACUGUUACAGGCAAAAGCCCACCACCAGUAUGGAUUGGAUUAAGGUCAUAUCAGAAAGUGUGGAGAUGGGUGGACAACACACCUUUCAACCCCAAAAUAUUUGGCACCUCUCUGCAUGAGAUGGAUGAAGGGUGUGGGGCACUGAGAGCCAAGGACUUCGAAGUUAAUAGAUGCGAUGCUGAACACAAGUGGGUUUGCAAAAAAAAGCCUUUCCUGCUCUGCUCUGUGACAGCAGAAGAUGGAGAGAAAAGUGAAGCCUCCAUCUGACUAACACCCACCCCAAAAUACCCAUCCCACAAGACACUUGCUGCCAAUAUGUGGGGUGAAAUAGCCCCAAUCCUCACAGUUACAGAUUUGCAGAAGAUUUCAGGGUUUGCAAAUCUUCUUACCAUGAAGAUGAAGACCAGUUUUGGGGGAACAGAUGAGCCCCAGAGCUGGAGAAUCAAAAAGGCCUGUGCCUCAGGAACAGUGUUGGUAGAGCUGUGGCAUCAAUAAA